AGUAGGACGGCCAUGCGCAAUUAUCCUGAUUACUGAAGUCUGGUUCGAAUUGACUAGAUUGUUUGAGCGCGGAUCAGCCUCUAAGGAACCAAGAUGACUAAUCUUUGUUAGGAGUUUUAUAGUAAAGGGGGUGAAUACAUACACACCCAAAACUUUUUAGAUUGUUAUUUUGAAAUCCAUGUAAACUUUCCCUCCACUUUCAGAUGAUGGACUAUCUCGUGUUGGUCCAUUACAAAAAAAACCCAAUUAAAUAGAUUUGAAUAUGUGGUUAAAGCAUGACACAAUGUAGACACUUCCAAGGGGGUGAAUGCAAGGCACUUUCUACACACACACGCACACAAAUAUAUAAACACAUUAAUACACACACACACCUAUAUAUAUAGAUUUUUUUUCUGUGAGUAUUAUUAGCAGAAGAAGGGCUCCCGUUUUGGCCUCUCCUCCCCUCGGGCGUCUCCUUACAUUCUCCACACAGAGAGAAGUCUCCACCAGUCCACGCCCCUGUGGCUGACGGAGGUCCACACGGCUGCACGAGGAGGAUCCAGGAAGGCUGGCGGACGCGCAGAGGGGUAAAAAGGGGGGCACCGCGCACAUCAUGAUCCGAAACCUCGUUGCAUGAAAGCCGAGCCCUCACAUCCUCCAGCUCCCAUCUAACCCACGUUUGAAUGACGCUGUAGCCAACCUACUGCUGGACAGACAGGAAAUUGGACAAUCGCAGCUGUAGCACUUUACACAAGGCAUCAUGAUUCCUAUGACGGAAUUCCGGCAGUUCACUGAACAGCAGCCAGCGUUCAGAGUCCUCAAGCCGUGGUGGGAUGUGUUCACAGACUACCUGUCUGUAGUCAUGCUUAUGAUUGGUGUAUUUGGAUGCACUCUUCAGGUAAUGCAAGAUAAAAUCAUAUGCCUUCCUUCGACAGUCUUGCCUCUCUCCGUGAACACAUGCAGCGAAACAAAGUCACUGUUACGCCCGCCAUCCAAUAAUUCAACCGUGCUAAGUGAAAUGAAGGGCCUGAAAACCAAUCUGGAUCUUCAACAGUACAGUUUCAUCAAUCAGAUGUGUUAUGAGAAGGCUCUGCACUGGUAUGCGAAGUACUUUCCUUAUUUGGUUCUUAUACACACUAUAAUUUUCAUGGUGUGUAGCAACUUUUGGUUCAAAUUCCCUGGCUCGAGCUCUAAAAUAGAACAUUUCAUCUCUAUGCUUGGCAAGUGCUUUGACUCUCCCUGGACCACACGAGCUUUGUCUGAGGUUUCCGGAGAAAAUCCAGAGGAAAAGGAAGAUAAAAAGAGCGCCACUUAUACGUCUAGCUUGGCUUUGUCUCCUGGAGAAGGAAGUCUGGAGAAGACACAAUCCCUGCGGUCUAUCCCGGAGAAGAUUGUAGUCGACAAGCCAUCAGCAAGUGCCCUUGACCAAAAAGAGGGUGAACAAGCCAAAGCUCUUUUUGAAAAGGUGAAGAAGUUCCGUUUGCACGUUGAGGAAGGGGACAUCCUCUAUCUAAUGUACGUUCGGCAGACCGUGUUCAAGGUGUUCAAAUUCCUCCUGAUAAUUGCUUAUAAUAGUUCCCUAGUGAAUAAAGUGCGGAGUAGCGUGUGUUGCAAAGUUGAGAUCCAGGACAUGACAGGCUACAAGGAGUUUCAAUGUAACCACACAAUGGCUCAUCUGUUUUCUAAGCUGUCCUACUGUUACCUGUGUUUGGUGGCCGUCUAUGGCUUGACAAGCCUUUACACCUCUUACUGGCUGUUUUACCGCUCGCUGAAGGAGUACUCCUUUGAGUAUGUGCGACAGGAAACCGGCAUCAACGACAUCCCAGACGUGAAGAACGACUUUGCUUUCAUGCUGCACAUGAUCGAUCAGUACGAUCCGCUAUAUUCUAAGCGCUUUGCCGUUUUUCUAUCCGAGGUCAGUGAAAACAAACUGAAGCAGCUCAACCUCAACCACGAGUGGACUGCGGAGAAAUUGCGCCAGAGACUGCAGACUAACAGCAACAACAGACUUGAGCUUCAGCUCUUCAUGCUCCCUGGGUUACCAGACCCUGUGUUCGAGUUGACGGAGCUGCAGUCACUCAAGCUGGAGAUCAUCAACAAUGUCACCAUCCCUGCAUCCAUCUCGCAGCUGGAAGACCUGCAGGAGCUGUCUCUUUACCAAUCCUGCUUAAAGUUGCACAAAACGGCUACGUCCUUCCUCAAGGAGAACCUCAAAGUGCUUCGCGUGAAAUUUGAUGAUAACAGGGAGCUUCCUCAAUGGAUGUAUGGCCUGCGCAACCUAGAGGAACUCUAUCUCACCGGGUCUUUAUGUCCUGAUGUGUCCAAAAACAUAGUUCUUGAGUCACUGCGGGAAAUGAAGUGCUUAAAAACGCUUUCCCUCAAGAGUAAUUUGACAAAGAUACCCCAGUCCAUAGUGGAUGUCUCCAGCCAUCUUCAGCGUUUGUACUUCCACAACGAUGGCUCGAGACUAGUAAUGCUGAACAACCUGAAAAAGAUGACCAACCUGAUUGAGCUGGAGCUGGUACGCUGUGAUCUGGAACGCAUCCCACAUGCGAUCUUUAGCCUGACUAAUCUGCAAGAGCUUGACCUAAAAGAGAACAACCUUCGCUCAAUAGAGGAGAUCAUCAGUUUCCAACAUCUUAGAAAACUCACCUGCCUCAAACUUUGGUACAAUAGCAUCAUGUAUAUCCCGGAACACAUCAAGAAGCUCGGCAGCCUUGAGCGCCUUUACUUCAGUCACAACAAGAUUGAGAUCUUGCCUUCCCACCUGUUCUUGUGCAACAAGUUGCGCUACCUGGACCUGUCCAACAACGACAUUCGGUUCAUCCCUCCGGAGAUUGGAGUCCUUCAGAGUCUGCUGUAUUUCUCUGUCACCUGUAACAAAAUUGAAAAUCUACCAGAUGAGCUGUUCUUUUGCAAGAAGCUCAAAACUCUGAAGCUUGGCAAAAACUCGCUGUCCAUUCUGUCACCAAAGAUUUCCUACUUAGCUCUACUGACAUACUUGGACCUGAAAUGCAACCACUUUGAGGUUCUGCCUCAAGAGCUUGGUUGCUGUCGUGCUUUGAAGCGCAGUGGCCUUAUAGUGGAAGAGAUGCUUUUUGAAACUCUGCCUUCUGAUGUCAGGGACCAAAUGAAGGCUGAGUGAGAUGCCUUAAUGUAGCCACAGUGCCUGCUGUCUACCAAUUCAGAGCAUUAGUUUUGUAUGGACUCAUUACCAUCAUUAGACUACUGUUCAGUUUUUCCUGUUUCCUCAACAGAGUGGAAAAUACUAGACCUACACUAUGACUUUCUCAUAUAUUGUAGAGUAGAUUGUUGCUGUAACAGGGAUUCAUGUUUUUUUUAUUUUUAUUAUACAGCUAAAAUUCUUCUUAAAGGAAUAUUUCUUGCUGAGUUCGCUGCUAGCAUAGCACAAAGCGACCCACCAGCACCUCUAUAACUAAAUAAUCAAACCCGUCAUAGCUUGUUCAUCUGCACUUAAAAGUGAAUGUAAAAAAUGCAGGUUUUAUGGGGAGUUAUAUGCUGGACUAUGUUUUGGCUUGUUAAGAGUUCCUGGAGUCUUUUUAUUGUGGAUGUGUGAUACCAAAUACGUUUUUUAACAAUGCCUAUACCAUUUACAUUAUACCUUAUACUAAUCAUUUCUUAAAUUUGAAUGUGAUUUUUGCUUUUAAUCUAGAUUGAAAACUUUCAAUGAUCUCAUAUUGAUGUCAUCAAUGUGAAAGAAGAUUCUCAAAAAAUAGUACAAACAAUUUGGAAGGUAAUUAGCCAUCUACACUACUAUUUUUUUUUUUUUACAAACCAUACUAGUGAAUGGGGUGGAACGGUGGUGUCUCAGCAAGAAUGUCCUGGGUUCCAUUCUACCCAUUGGCCUUUCUGUCGCUGUGUCAUCCCUGUGGUUGACUGGCAACCAAUACAGGAUGUACCCAGUCUCUCGCCCAAUGUUGGCUGUGAUUGACUCUAUUCCCCCCGCCCCCAUGAAGGUUUUUUUUUUUUUGUGGCGUCAGAUCACUCAAUGAAGGGUUGCAGCUUUAAAGAUGACUGACUGACUUGAUAUCAAUGAACAAAUUAUCUUUACUAAAUGGGUAGAUUAUAAGUGUCAAAGUAGCAAUAUCACAAUAUAAAUUUGCACAGGGCUACUCCUAAGUAGUGAGAUUUACAGGAUCAGGUAGCAACACUUUUUAAAUCAUUAAGCCGAACCAGGCUAGCUACUUGCCUCCACUUUCAGUAUGUAUGCUCAGCUAGCUGUGCCUUGGCGGGAGUUUCACCUAUAGCCUGCAGACCCAAGUGUUAUCAAUUUUCUUAUCUUACUGUCGGCAACAAAGCAAACAUGCCUUAUUCCCCCAAAUUGUGUUUUAAUUCAAAUUUCCUGUCAGUACUACAUGAAAUAAUGUGAUUAUUGAAUGUAAAUCUUAAUUGAAGAUCUCCCUUUGGGUGUGUUGAGGACAAUAAGUAUUAUGUAUUGUGUGUGUGUGUAUAUAUAUAUAUAUCUACUGUUUCCCUUAUGCCUUUUAUUUUCUUCAAGAGACUGUAGUUGUGGACCACAGCAGGGAAGAUGCAAAAUAAACAAAUAGACAUAUCUUUCAUAAGUAGGCCUAAAUGUACAAUCUUUGAGGAAUUCUGUAUCUCAAAGAUGCCAAUUUAAAGUGCAUUAAACUUAAACGACUUGUCA